CUACAAUGAUGGAGCCUGCCACUGUGUCUGCCUUGACAGAGGAGUGUAUUCUUCAGCCUACCAGUACCUGCCUUGGCUGCUUCAUUGAGACCCGUGAUGCCACUGACCCUAAUUCCAUCCAGAAUCCGCCCCAUGACCCUAACACCAACCCUGACACAGAGACUGGGCUAAGUGUAAGGAUAGGCGAUGUGAGCAGAGAGGACUUCUCUGACAUCAAUAAUAUCAGCAUCCAGUGCCUGAGCCAUGCAGGGGAGGCAGUGAGUCACUAUGGAGAACAGCUCCUCUCUGACCAGCUACUUAGCUUUCCUCUGCCGAAAGCCUCAGGUGAGGGUAAGAGAGCUGAUGGGAACAAAACAACAGAGGACUGUGAUGACCCAGAAGAUGAUGCAACAGCUAAGAACUUGUAUGAGGGACUGUUAUUGGACAAAGUGAGUGGAGAGGAGGUUCUGCUGGCGAACGCCGGCCAGGACUGGGGCUACUUUGAAUCCUUCAUUAGUGAAAGUAAGAUGGAACUGCUGGACCUUUGUUCUAAGAAUGAACUGUCAGUCAACCUCUUCUCUGAGGAAGACGUUGACAAUCUAUUUGAUGAUGAAGACGAUGAUUCCACUUUAAGCAGUGAUGUAUGUUCGCUGAAGAUUCGUUACGAGUCUUUCCAGGACAACAUGAGGGAAAAGACAAAUGUGCUCCAGGAGGAGACACAGUUUAACUUCUUCCCUAGUGUCCUGGCCAACUGUGCCAAGAAAGAGGAAGGAGCUGGCGUCUUAAGGAGGAGUGCUGAGGAGCUUCAGCUUAAAACUGAUGAGCUCAUUCUUGAGACAGGACAGGAAGGAAAGGCUGGGGACUGCAGUGGUAAGAGUCCCCUUAAUGGUUCCCAAGGCUCACCAAUGUCAACUCCCAAAGUCAACUACCUAAUGGACUUCAAUUCCACAGAGGAGUCAGGCGAGUUUAGUGACGACAGCUCCUGCACUGGCUCCUCCUCAGACACCUUGCAGGAGGGCAAGCUUAAGAAGGGCCACUCAAAAAGAUUGCUCAGCCCCUCUAACCCCCUCAACUAUGGUUUGCGCUCCAAGAGAAAAGUUCGAUACAGUGAUGAUUACUUAUAUGAUGUUGACUCGCUUGAAAGUGAGAAGAAUGCAGAGAAAAAAGAGAAAGCUCCGUCUGGUCAAAAAGAGGAGGAGGAUGUAGACUGGUGCCCCAAAAAACGACGAAAAUCCUCUCGUAAAGAGCCGCCAGUUGUCAUCAAGUACAUCAUCAUCAACAGGUUUAAAGGGGAGAGACUCAUGUCAGUGAAACUGGGCAAGUUGGACCCUGUGGACUCUACUGUGACCUUAAACACUGACACAGUAAGCAAAUAUGAGACACUGUCUCCUUUCAAGGAUUUCUGGCAGGUGAAGCAGAGAGAGAGACAGGAGCAGCUUAAGCUGGCUGCCAGAGAUAAACAACAACGUGGUUUUCAUCUAAACGGACGCCAUCAUCGCCCUUUUAAUUCUAGUCAUCCCAAAAGGAAAUAUAAGAUUGCAAACAGGCUUAAGGUUCAGAGAAUUCACGCUGUGGAUCAAUCAGCGACAGUACAGUGCACCCCUCUUUCUGAUCGGGGCCAGGGAGGUGUCACUAAAGAAGACACCAACCCCACGGUAGGGGGAAUAAUAGCAGUCCCAGACCUCCCAGUCACAUUAGACUCCAUCACGCACGCAGUCACAGCUAAGAGUCGCUCCCAGGAAAGGGAGGAAAGGGAGGGGAGGAGAUUGGGAGGAAAUAAAACAGUCAGGAUAAGGAAAUUCAAAAGCGAAGCCAGGCUGAGAAGCAAGAAAAUUAAAGAGGCAGAAGGAGAGGAGGGGAGGAGCGUGACAAUAGAAACGGAAGCCUGUGUCGCUGCACCACAGAUUGGGGACCCUGCUGCUGGGUUAGAAGAGGCAAGAAUUAGCUCAGUUACAGUCAAACCCCAUCUCUCUGACAAUACCACCACCGCUCACGCAUCUGAGGAGAAAUUCCCCUUUGUGACCUCCUGCUCUCCUGACAAAGCUCCUCCCUCAGAGGCGGUGGAGUCGGGUGUCCCUGUUAUCCCGGGGGGCUACCUGCAGACCCUGUUAGAUGCUACAGACUCACCCAGUGGAGCAACUAUCUCUUAUUUCCCCCAGCAGCCCUCUAGGCAACGGUAUCCUCUGAGGCUAUCCCUAGAGGAGAAACAGUUUUCUUCUCUGCAGCUCGCUCAGAGCUGCGUCCUCUCUCCUCCCUCGGAGUCAGAGCUCCAGCAGUCUCCCCAAAACUGCCCAAACUUCACCCAGAUGUGGCACCCGCAGCGCUGUGCAAGUCACAGCCAGAACUUUGGACCUGAGACCCCUGAGACUCCCAUUUUACCCAGCAACUUCCCAGCUGUUGUACCCCUGAAUGACAGCAUGCCAGUGUCUAACUACAGCCAACUGAGCCCAGAGACUGACAGGCUACUUUAUGAGAAGAGCUACCUGACUGAGGCAGGUCUGCAGCCUGGGGCAGAUCUGCAAGUGUGUCAGUCUGCUUGUGUGGAGGGCCAGGUGCAAUACCAGAGAGGGUCCCUCUGCACAGACAAUGGCAGGCUCAUCAGCUAUGACUCAGUAGGCUCUCUGUCAGCCUCCUCCAGCAAUUACAGCUCCCUCAGUCUCAAGUCUUGUGAGCGAGAGGGUGAGGAAGAGGGCCGAGACAGCUUUUUAGCUCAUUGUAGUCCUAAAGUGGUGAUUCAGCAGAGUAUGGACGCCCUUACCCCACUCAGGGAGUCCUCGGACCUGCUGGACAUCUCCAACUUCACCCCCGACAAGUUUAGACACUCAUUACUGUCAGAGCUCUCCCCUCCUGAGACCCCCAACCUGUCCCCCCAGGUGGUGGGACGUGAUAUGAAGAUGGCAGGGAAUACUGGAGAAUACCAGGAUGUGAAUGACAUGACAAUGGACUGCAACAGGGAGGUAAAGUGGAACUGUGAUGUUAUGCAGCAACAAGAGCACACAACAAAUGCAUACACAGUGGAAGAUAGCCAGUUUCCGCUGCACAACUUCAGCAGUCAGGAUGUGUUACGUUUGGAUAAAAAAGAGCUUGGAGUGAAUGAAUUUAAUGAACAGACUGGUGAGAUGUUGACUGGUGCAAAAAGCAUUAAGUCAAAGAGGAAAGGCAAUUGUAAACAGACAGCCGCAGGACAGAGCCCUAAGAAAGUCCGGGCUCCACGAGCUCCGAAGUUAGAAAAGGCAAAGACCCCCAAACAGAACUCACGUUCCACCAAAAAAAUAAAGGCCAUGUUGGAGGGUAAGGCAGCAAAGAACCAGGCAGGCGGUUGUGGCACAGGCCUAAAUGACAGUAGCAGUACUGGGGACUGGUCUGGCACCGGUUGGUCAGAGAGCAAUAGCCUGGUUGGGGAUGACCAGAGAGAAUUUGAGGAGCCAUCCAAUAUUCUGUCCAACAUUGUCUCUGGCAUGGCUGAGGUCCAAAGGUUCAUGAUGGCCUCCAUUGAGCCACUUUGGAAUCCCAUGUCUGAUUCCUGCAUGCCCUCUGAGGCCAAUAGCCUCAACCUAAAGACUCUCAAAAUCUUGGCAGGCACAGAGGCCGACCUGAAGAAAAAAGGAGCCGCGCUAACGGGGGCUGGGAGAGGCCGAAAGGCAGGGGGAAAGGGAGGAAAGAACCAGGCCAAAUUCAACCCCUCUCACCCCUUAUUUCCUCAACUAGCUCUUGGCUGUAACAUGUUUGAUAAACCCAACUUUAUUAACCCUGGGCCUGCACACAAAAAGCUGUACCGCCACAAGACCAGUGCAAAGUUCCCACGGAUUGAGACACUGAAGGGGAAGCGAGCUGAGAGAGACCCAAAUAAGGACAUAGCACUGAUGACCUCGUUUGAGAAACUGAGAAUAUGGAUGUCCUGUUGUUGCUGUCCUUCAUACACUGCCUGGAUCAUUUCAAGAAGGAAACCUACCUAUUUAAGCCCAAGACAUCUUGAAAACACAAGAUGGGACCAUUUUGUAUUGAUGACAUAUCAGACUUUGUCUUUUUUUCACCCCAUCAAGGUUGGAAUGACUCCCCAUUUUCUUUUAUCAAGCAGUUCUUUUUUCCUCUGGAGUUUCGAGGAACUGGUCUUCUAAAUUUACAUUUUAACACCUUGCAAAUUCAUAAAAGCUCCACCUCAGAGUAUUUUUGUCAAUGUUGUUGUACAGGGACAUGCAAUAUUUGCAAAAAAAGAUGACUAUAAUCUUAAAAUCAAUGUGCCAAAAGUAACAAUGCUGUGUAAAUGACCUCUUAUAUAUAUGUGUGAAUAUUGGCUGUUCCUCUUUUUUAUCCAUGGGAGUAUUGGCUGCUCGGGUUGGAGACCACAGGAAUUCUUCAUUUGGGACUUUUCUCUCUUCUCUGAUGAAAGGCACCAACAGCUGGCAGUGGUACACCUGCACUCACUAAACCAAAUCAGAAAGACUGUGAAUUCUCCUCAUUUCCCCCACUUUGUUUGCCAAAUUCAAUUUACCUCAACAUCGCCUGGCACUGAGAAGCAACAAAAGAGAGGCAAAGAUGAGAUUUGCUCUGAAGGCUACUGUAGAGGAAGACGAUUAAAAAAGAGAUGUUUAACAAGCUUUCUAUGGACCAAGGAGAGUGUAGUGCAGAUGUUUGAGGGUAAACAAGGGAAUUAGAUGCCGGUUGGGGCUGUGCCUCACUGGAUUGCUGUUUUUUACUAGAAAUUCAAGGCAGUUUAUAACUCAUAGAGAUUCUGAUGCACGCGUCAGUGUUGAAUGGACAUACCAUGGUUGCAGUUAGAUUUAAUGUGAAUGUGAAAGCAGUACAAAUGGAAUCAGUAAUCCUGUAAAUGAAGGAAAGCAUGUAUUUGCAUUAGUUCCACGUGGGAAUCUUACUACUACCUUACCUGAAAUGGUAAUUUAAACAGUAUUUUUUCUUGACAUUCUCAUGUAAUUUGUUUAUUAACACUGCCAUAUUUUAUAAGUUUCACCACUGGUGUAUUUGAUAUCUGAUCAUUUUUGUUUCUUUUAUCACAUAAUGUCUUAAUUUAACUUCUUUCUUUUGAAGGUACUUUGUUUUAUAUGGUGUCUUUAGCUGUCAUUUCUGUCUUAAAGGGUCAAUAUUUUGUCAGAAAUAAUGUCACCAGGCCAAAUGAAGCCACACAUUGAAAAAUAAAAUGUAUUUGUACUAUCUAAUCCAGUGUAUUCCUGGGCCAUUUAUAUUAAUUACUUUGGGCUCAUUCACUGCCUCACUGCACAAAAAUAAAUCCACCUUAAAUUAAAUCAUACAAUCAUAUUUAAUAAGUUAUAAAAUAUUUUGAUUUUAUAUGCUAAAUGUAUUUCAGGGGAAAUCCCGAGCCCUUUCACUGGUUACAAGAUGAUCUUUUUAUAAAUAUAUAAACAAUAGGACUAUAUUUUCUCUUUCUUUUGAUUGUUGAAUUACAUUUUUUAAACAUAGCAGUAAUUCCAUGAGACAUGUGCGGACCAAUUCAGACUUGAUUCAAAAACAGGCCAUAUCACACUGGAUAUGGUAAUUCUGAGGUGAUAGUAAUUGAUUGCUUGCAUAUGGCAAGAAUCGUAAUCAAUCUUUCUCUGUCUCUUUUCUCUCUCCUCUCUGCCAUGAUCCUUUGUUUCUUUCCUUCCGUGUAUCAGGGUUAGGACCAAGACAAGCUGCUGAUGGGAAGCUCCAGCUUCAAGCCCAUUUAGUCUGCCUUCUCUUUUUUCUGACUAUUGUCAAAUUGAAUGUACUUCUCUGGUUUCAUGGUUUCUUUAAAUUUGUUCUUUAAAAAAAAAAAAUGUGCCACUGUUGAGCUGCCUCGUGUUAAUGGUGCUAAGAAAGCUGACAAUUCUCUUUUCUUUUUUCAUUUUCUUUUUAAUUUUUCCCCCCAGCGUUAACAAAAAAUAAAUGCAAAAUAGAUUAGGUACCUAACCCUCUUUAUGAAUGUAUAUUAUAAUGUUAUGUUCGAUGUAUUCACUUCAUGAUUCUUUAACAUUGAUUGGAAUUACUUUAGCUCUUUUCAUUAAAAGAUUACCGAGCUUUAUAUAUACUGUCUAGAGUUGUUACCAGAAGGAAUCUUAAUGAACUCUUGACGCUACAAAAUCUUGUAUAUUUUUUGUGUGCCAAUUUGUAACAUAUUUUGUAAGUGUAUAUUUUUCUUAGAAAGUGCUGUGAAGUAUUUGUGUGUGUGAGUAACCUUUUAUGCGCCUCUAUGGGCAGUGGAAAGGAUAUACAAUGACAAGUUUCUGGUUUUAAAAACCAAAAUAUGAAUAUCAACAGAAAUCUAGAAAUAUUUACAUUUUGUUGGGAGUUUUGUAAUAAGACCAUGAUCUUGUUGUGAGAGUGUUGUGUUACUGUGCAAAACACAAAUAAGCAAUGAAAAAAAUGAAAACCUGGAGAAAAAAAUAUAUUAUUUGUGAACAAUUUGCUGUUUUAUAGAUUUUCAUGUACAUUAUUUGAGUAUCAUUUAGUUUUUUGUUUUGUUGUAACUGUUGCAAAGGUUUUAAAUAUUUGUGAUCAAGCCUGUAUGGUGAUAAUGUAAUAUUGGUAACUUGCUGAGUUUUGUAAUAAUGUUUAUGGAGUAAAUAUACAAAUUAAAAUACGAUUUUGAAUGCUG